GCUCGGCUAGGACGAUAAAAUUGGAAAAUUCGCCGGGAUUGUCAACACAUGAACACACUUUUUAAAGGAAAUUUACGGUGUAAUUCGCUGUGACAUUCAUUUUCAAUAGUGUGCAAGGAUAGAAGCAACAUCGAUCUACAAUGCCACACCAAAAACACGCGAAACAUGCUCGUAAUAAUGGCAUACGAGCGGACACAAACAACAACGUGCAAAAUGGCCACGCCGUCAACGUAAACAACAACAAUGGAGGCAAUCCGCAGAAUGGUCAAAGAAUGCAACCAUGUUGCAUGCCUGGGAGCUGCCCUCUCAAGGAGGAGCUGAUUGACACCGAAGAUGUUGGAGAUGCAGUUCGAGUUGCGUGUAAUAAUGAGCUCUGUGUUGUCGGAAAUUGGAUGCACAAAAGUUGUUUCGACAGUUGGGAAGAGUCCGUGCUGGCGUAUCUGCGCUCGUGCGGUCGUGCACGCAGCUGGAGUGAAAAACAGCGUCUGCAAAACCUGUGGACCAAGAAAGGGUAUGAUUUGGCUUUCAAAGCAUGCGAUUGUUCCUGUGGCAAGGGGCAUCUACGAAAGGAUUUGGACUACAUUCGUCCAGUGCGAGUUGAUAACGCUUUGAAAAAGAAACCAAAGAAGAAAAUCGAGCCAUCAAAACCAGCUCUCAACAAUGCUGUGCACAACAAUCAUGCUGUUGUUGCUGCAACUAGAGAGAGAAGGCCCUCAGGAAAUAACAACACUAAUGCAAAUCUAAAUGCUGCUAAAGUCAACUCUCAAAAAGCUGACCAAAGUGAUACCAAUGGUAAUGCAGUUCCACAAACAGUUGCUGUUGGACAGAGAAAUGGCAUGCAAAUACAUAUAAGAAAAGCUUCACCCAGUAUUAUCAUUCUGAACAAGCACUCUGAACGCAAAAGUGAUGACCGUAUACGAGCCAACAGUAUAUCUAGCACAGGAAGUAGUCCUCCUAACUCUGCCUCAUCGAUGACUUCCAGCUCCAGCUCCCCAGUGCCUCAAUCCCCGCAAUCGUCCGGGUCAACUGUGAAGCAAAGAUUCGAGUUUGACACAGUCCCAAGCCCAGGGUCAAGUCCAACUUCAGGAAUGGUCAUGAACAACUUGUUCAGGAGACGCAUGGAUCUGUCAGCCUUCAACAUACUACCUAAACACAAGCAGAAUCCGUACCACAUCAAAAUGGAAGAUGAUGUCACGCCAGGGUCGGAUGAUGUCCACAUGUUUGUACUCAAUCACCUUGGCAACUACAAAGUUUCAUCUUUGAACUGUGUUCUUUGCAAAAAUGAGCUUUGUAUAUUUGAAAAGUACCCGCUGAUUGAUGGAACAUUGUUUCUUUCACCACAAGCCUAUGACAAUCAGGCUCUGCAAGUUAUUUCUGAAGGUCGCCUUCAGUACAUAAAUGCAGUGUGUGUCUUGUGCCUUGAAGGAGCGAACGACAUAAGUUGCGCUGCGUGCAAGUGCAAAUGGGAUGGAAGUUCCUUACUUCUGGGCUCAAUGUAUUCGUACGACAUCUUUGCAGCUAUGCCUUGCUGCCAGAAACGACUCACAUGCAAGCACUGUCAUCGCGCCGUGGUUGACGUGUUCAGCGGCCUGCAGUACUUCAGCGAGUACAGUCGAAUGAUACCAUGUCCUUAUUGCAAGGCCUACGACUACCAUUUCAUACGGCCACUGAACGAAACCUUCUCUGUUAAGAUGUCUAUAUGGCAUUGAACAGAUAAAACUUUCCUGCAAAACUCUGCAAAUAUAUAGGGCAUAUAUGCAGUAUCAGUUCUGGAGCAGCCUUUGUGACUUUAUUUGAUCUUGUUUAUUGCACAGUGAUUUGUUUCACAUAUAUGCAUAUGAUUCCUUUUUCUUAGCUGUGUAUUGUUCUAGUCUAGAAUUUGUAGGGAAAAUGUUGGUGCAUCAUCGAUUUUGAAAGACAUGUACAUUAUGUUUGUAUGAUAUUGCAUAAUUUCAAUUUAAUUUGUAAUCACUGUAAAGAUUGGACAUUUUUUAUUUGAAAUAUCUAUUACUUAUAAGGUCCCAUUUGUAAAUUAAAAAUACAUUUUAUGCUUGUACACUUGUACCACACAAGAGAAAAUGAUUCAAUUAGGAAUUGCUUGAUUAUAUGGUUAUACGUUUUAUAAUGUUAUUUGUUCACUUGAUAAUUAAUUUGUAAGUGACUUUUAAAAAUGUUCCUUGUGACUCAAGCUGUUUCUUUCCUGGUUUAAGGUUUAUUAUUUCUGUAUGAGGCUUUAAAUCUGGCCAUUUAAGUAUCUGGGGUUUUACAGAAACAUCUUUAUAGUCAUUUCCUAACUGAAGUAAAUUUCUACUUAAAGUUGGGUCCUUUACUGGUCAUGUGAUACAGUAACUUAGUCUUAAAUGCUUUAUGUUCUUGAUUGUUUCAUGUAAUAUACAUACUUCAAAGCUAAAAAUACGUUUACACAUCUUUAAAUUUGACUGAAAAAUUGAGGAAAUCACCUUUGGGAAUAACUGAGAUGUUUAAUGAAUACCAGUCGUGGAAUUUUAAGUGUUAGUAUGUUUACAGAACUACACUAGAUAAUCACAUUGGAUCAGGUGUACCAUGAAAUUUCUGGCUGUACUAUGAUACCACUAGGCCCUGUUUGGCAGCAAAUUUCUGGCUGUACUAUGAUACCACUAGGCCCUGUUUGGCAGCUUCCAAUGUGUAGGUGUGGAUAUUUUGUACAAGAGACUUAGUAAAGGCAAUACUGUGACAAUCUCAUCUCGAAUGGCAUAAAUUGGUAAUUUGUCUUAUACAUGUUUGAAUGUUUUUUUUCUUUUAACAUUCAUAGUACAGAAAUAAUGCAAGCAAAGAAAAAAAUGUCUAACGUUUUGACCAUCAUAGUUACUUAUGCUAAGACUGUUUUGUGUUUCCUCCUGGAAUUGAUUUUCUCUGAGCUAUAUAUUGAACUAUAAUUGUAUGUGAAAAUCAUGAUUAUUUGGAAGUUUCACUAUGUGUAUAAGAGAUACAGCCUGUAUAUCAUUAUUUAAAAGAAGUACUAUGAUUACCAAUGAUACAGUCUGUACCGCUAUACAGCAGAUAUGGCAUAUAAACAUAGUGAUAUUCUCAUAUAAUGAGGUUCCGACACUCUCAUAUAAUGAGCUGUAUCUAAUUUAUAUCAUGCAGAAAAUGAUGCAACCCUCUUUGUAUGCUUAUUCAAACAAGUAAGCUAACCAGACUCUCAAAGGCACUCAUUCACAUUGUAUAGGGUCACACACUGUACAAAUCAUGUGAAAUGUCAACGAACUGAUUGUUACAAUGAUAAAACAAUUUUCUGUGAACAAUUAUUUAAAAAAAAUAUGACAGACAUGCUUUAUUUCGCGGAAAAUCAUAAGUAACACUUUUGAAAAAUGAAUGUCCAGGAUUUACUAUUCUUUUCAAAUAUCACAUCUGCCAGUUGCUGUUUGGUGUUUGUGCAUAAAAGCAAAGACAUAUAAGUAUAUGUUCAUGAUAAAAGGAAGUAAAAUAACUCCAUCUGAACACAUGUAAGCAAAAAUGUUGGCAAUAUAUAUCUGUGAAGGAGUCCCUUUAACUCUGUUAUGUUAUGAGUGGUAUGUUUUAUUGACUACUUUUGCUAUAAAUGUUUUUUACUGAAAUAAAUGUGCUGAUAUUUUGAUCUUCCAAUCCACAUUUUGAAUUUUGAGCUUGUGUAUAGAAUUGUAUUGUAUACCUUUAUAAAUAUUGUCCUUUUUAAGCUUGGUAAUCAUUUCAAGUCGUAUGCUUGAUUGAUUGGUGUAAUCGAUUCUAAAUACAUGUAUAACAAUUGAUUGUAAGAAAAGUUGGUGUUUGUUUUUUCUGAAGUGAAGUACAUUUCGUGUAGUUGUUGUCAUUUUCUUUUCUGCAUCUUUUUAUUUUGCUUAUUUUUGUACAUUUAUACACAAUAGUGCUAUAUUUUGUGAAGGAUGGUUCUCAUCUCCUAGUUUGAGAAUGGUUCCUUACUCCUAGAUUGACUCUGACUGUUAUAGGAUAUAUGGAUGUGACCCGAGAUAUCGUAGUUCUCAUUUAUAUAUAAUUAUACUCAAAACUACCAGCAACAAACAUGCUUUAGAGUGCAUAUAAUAAGUAUGCGAUAUAUACUUGUAUGGAUAUUAUAUCAUAUUAUUGAUCAUUACUAUGAGCAUAAUUAUAUAUAUUUUUUAUGUAGGUUUGGUUUCUUUUUUCAGAAAGCAAGGAAUGCAAUUCUUAGAAAAGAUUGUUUAAAAUGACUGAUUUACACUUAAAUAUGCUUAUCAUUUAUAUUUUUGCAUUUUGGAAAGCAAGUAAAUUGCUUUUGUACCUUACCUGAUAGGCAAGCCUUUUUAAGAUGUGUUUUUUAUUUGUUUUAUUUCUGAUGUAAAUGGUUGCAUUGUUUUUAUUUGAACACUUUGGCUGUUGUAUUCUUUUGUUUAUGUAUUUUGACAAGAUAAAAUCUUACAAACUGA